GCAAACGGGGGCUUGCAGGGUUAAUGCUGAAAAGAAAAAACAAACGCCCCCAAAACUCCCUGCAACAAAGUUGCCAGGAGCUCAAUCUGCCCGUCAGUGAGGCAAGGCUUUGGGUCACCGGCCACUCUUUCUCUCUCUCUUCUCUCUCUUUCUACGCAUAUAUAUAUGUAUUUUUGAUCGGUGGGAGAGAGAUUUAUUCAAUGGCCAAGAAUUCGAGACCAAGGAAAUUAUCUGUGUACCUUUACAUUCCCAACAUCAUUGGAUACAUAAGAGUUCUUAUGAACUGCUUUGCCUUCUACAUUUGCUUUUCAGACAAAAAGCUUUUCUCGGUUCUCUAUUUUGUUAGCUUUGUCUGUGAUGCCUUGGAUGGUUGGUUUGCUCGCAAAUUCAAUCAAGUUUCGACCUUUGGAGCAGUUUUAGUCUUCUAUUCAGACAAUAACGGUCAAAAACGGAUUAGCACUACUUGUCUACUGGUAAUUCUCUCCCAAAUAUAUAGGCCUGGCCUAGUUUUCUUGUCAUUGCUUGCUUUGGAUAUUGCCAGCCAUUGGUUGCAGAUGUACAGUACUUUCUUGGUAGGCAAAGUGAGUCAUAAAGAUGUAAAAGACAGUACUAAUUGGCUAUUCAAGGCAUACUACGGCAAUCGGAUAUUUAUGUGCUACUGUUGUGUUGCUUGUGAGGUUCUUUACAUUAUUCUAUUUCUUCUUGCGAAGAACCAGAAUGAGAAUCUGAAAAAUGUUAUAAUGGAUGCUACAAAACAGAACUCAGUUCUUUCUGUUCUACUUGUUUUACUUGUGGUUGGAUGGGCUAUCAAGCAAGCAGUAAAUGUUAUACAGAUAAAGACAGCAGCAGAUGCAUGCGUGGAUUAUGACAUCAACAAAAAGCAGAAGCCAUAAUAUUGAAAAAGAAAAUGUCCCCACGGCAAUGUUGCUUCCACAAAGAUGCAGACUGUUUUAUCAUCCUGAUUGCAUUGAGUUGUCAUCUGGUUAAACAGAGAACAUGCUUCAAGCAGUGUCUGUGUCCCUCAGUUUUAUGGUUCGUGACUAAAUGGUUUUGACUUGCUACAGGAAGGAAGAGAUUUAACUCUGUAUGGUUUUUUGUAUAAGUCACAAUGGGAGUGUGGUUUUGUGUUUCUUUUUUAAAGCCUAGGUCAUUUGGCACUAGAAGGGCCAUUGUACAUUGUCUCAUAGACAGUAUGAAGAUGGUUUAUCAUUUAAUUUGUGUUUCUUUGGAUUC